AUGUUGAGGUUUAUUAGAAGUUUGAGCUUCAUUUGUUUACUGAUGGCUAUGUCUUGUAUGGGUCAGGGCCCUCCUGUGCUUGAUACUGAUGGAAACCCUGUUACAAGAGGUGUAGAAUACUAUGUUGAUCCUGCUAUUACUGAUGUUGCUGGUGGUUUGACUCUAGUGACUCGCAAUGGAUCUUGUCCAUCUUAUGUUGGUCAGGUACCUAUUGGACGUGGUUCUGUACAAGGCCUUCCAGUCAUCUUCACCCCAAGAAAUCCUGGAGAGACUAACAUCACUCAAACUACUCAGUUCACUGUUGCAUUUUCAGCCUCCUCAACAUGUGUUCAAAAUACUACAUGGGGUAUAGGUGAGGAAGAUCCAGAGACGAGCAGGAGACUUAUUGUGAUUGGUAGUGAACCAGCCUUCUUUGAUAUUGACAGUGAUCAAGCACCAGGUCCCUAUACUUUUGGCUGGUGCCCAUUCGAAUGUACCCGUCCUCAAACUUGUCCUAGGGGAAGGUGUAGCACUGCGGGUAUUCUGGAACAGAAUGGAACGAGGUUUUUGACAUUAGAUGGUCCUGCAUUUCCUUUCAGAUUUAGAAGGGCAUAA